AUGGACGACGAUGAAGUCUCGAGCGAUGAGGACCUGGAUAACUACGAUGGCGACAGUCCGAGCGAAUUGGCAACCUCCGACCAACACCGCCUAGACAAAUUUCUACCUGGUUUAUCAAAGUCUAAAAAGUCUUUGCAUACUUUUACAGGUAUUUUUACUAAACGGAAAACUGCAACGAGUUUGUGUGACAAGGGAAGCUUGAAUGGUCAUACAUCUCUAGAUUUAGAGCUUGUACAUGUCAAAGCGAACGAAGUGUAUGAGUUUAGUCGAGCUGUUAUCAAAUGCUUGCUGUUAGUGCUGCACAAAAUGGACAUUCAAAAAGUGGAGCGCUCGGUUAUGUCUACUCUAGCGUGCGUUUUGGAAGUGGCACCGUCACAGCUUAUACAGGAUUUGAAAGAAGAAGAUAUUAAUCUUGUUCUUGACACAGUGCACUUUUUGCUUCGAGGUGAAAAACGUUACCAAUCUAGGCCAGACGUUGCGAAGUCCUGGGCAAGCAAGGGAGCAUUACCUUUUCCUCCAUCGUCGUCUGCCAAUGUAGCAGCUCAAUCCAACUUGCUCUCAUAUAUCUUAGCAGUCCGUAUAUUGCAAGCUACGGGGAGAAAAUUACCUAAGAAAUCAGGGAUUUACUAUCAAAUUGAAAGGAGAGGUAUAACUGAGCAACUGGAGCAGCUAAACGAUCCAUCAGCGUGUUGGGUCAGUCCAACCCGUGAUAAAGCUACUCCUUGGAACCCUCGCGGCACAAUAUUUGGGAGAGGACUAGAUUUGCUAAAUAUGCUUCGAGCUGAUAUGGUGGAGAGUGGUACGCUUCACCUUUACAAGCUUCGAAAUCUUGCAAAGCGAUUAAGAGAAUUUUCCGAUUGGUCUCGUCCUUGCGACCAAAGUAUCAUACUAGUUGACUUGGUUGAUCUGUUCCGAGAUCCAAAUUCGAUCACAACGUAUGAACUUAAGCAGUCUAUGCUGUUGCCUGCUAUUCUUCAGUAUCUAUCACCACACGAUGAGCUGCAUGAAGGUCGUAGACUGGUCUUGAUGCAAGCUUUUGAGUGCCGUCCAAUGGCGCUUAAACAUCUAAUAUCCCGCUUGCAAACUAUCAUCACUCAAGAAGAGUCAUUCCCAUUGACCACAUUUACUACUGGCAAGGGAAGGGAGCUAUAUCCGCUCACUCGACAAGUAAAAGUCACGUUUAUCCGAAGUGCGGGCAAUAGACAGCAUGAAAGUUUCUCUAGUCGUCCAGAGGAAAAAUCUAUUCGCUUGUCGCCUUUGACUCACUUUCAGUCUUUUGAGAGAACGGUCUUCCGUAGCAUGCCUGUAAUUGACUCAAAUUUGUCGCUGUUAUACCUUAAUCUUGUCGGCCAUUCCAUUCAGAAAGUGGUCGAAGGAAAGUGGAAAAAAUAUUUGGUCGUCGGCUUUGAUGAUACACGAUCGUGCCAUCUGGUGAAGGCUUUUGGUGGUACCGACGAAAGCUUUUACGAGGUAGUGCUUCAUGACUCUCAGUGCAAGCUUAUUGGUAGUGUUGACGUGUACGAGAAUGUUGCGUUGGAUCUGAAGCUUUUUGGAUCGCCAUUUGUCAACGACAGCGGUGACAACAAGAGAAAAAAGAGAAGUAAGCGAAAACGCAAAUUUCUAUCUCAGGUGAAACCUGAUAGCGAUAGGUCUCACCAAGUUGAGGUUCGAAAUACAAAUGUACUGAAUUUAUCUAGUCUACCCGGAGCCUGGUAUGCAGCAGUUCUUUGGAACGAGCGAGAUGACGUCUCGGAACCAAGUGACAAGAAAUGUCAGAGGUGUGAAGAAGUACUAGCAGCCCAGGCUUAUCACUCUGUGAAAUUGCUAAUCGACGAUCGAAUCGUUCGUAAUUUGCCUGCUGAUUGUAUUCGUCCGCGGGCAGCUCAACCACAAGUGGGCAGCGUCGUUGCCAUAGACGGCGGUCCUUUAGGAGAAGUCGUUUGCAUCCAUAAGAAUGACUGCAUGUCGAGUGAAACUUCUGCCAUAGCAUUAGAUGUGAUGAUGAAGUCUGGUGUUGAGAAAAAACGAGUGGUGAUGAAUCGUGUCCGAUUUCCACCGCAAAAAGAGUCCCCACCUGAGUUUGAAAAAGAACGAAUUAAGGCGUCGAGCAUUCAAAAAUUGUUCUCAGCUCGUGCCAACUCGUUGCUCACAGGUAGUGUCGGUGACCGGGUCUGGGUACUUCCGCCAUUGGGGUCCUCUGUUAAAAAUCUUUGUGUGGCGGGAACGAUCAAAGCAUUCCCCCCUGGGCUAAGUUCGGUCGGUGAAAUUUCCACUGUUAUUGUGGAAGUUGCAUUCGGAAACAAACAAGCCCCCCUCGCCGUGAAGGUAAAUCGAAACCAAGUUUUGAACUUAGGUAUUGAGGGAAGCGCUUUAUCAUGUCGUACCCCAUCUCGCCUUUUGGCCGCCUUACAAACAAUGUCAGAUCGUAGGAGAUCAAGCCUGGCUUUUGGUGGUCAUAAUAGUAGCACCUUUACCAUACAUCGAGCUUUUGGAAGGGUGGCAGAGUCGCUUCAGCAAAAUCAACACGGAUACGAAGUAGAAACGUCUGGUACUGCAGUGGACCAGCUCCGAAACUUAAUUUCCCGUAGCUCGAUUCUUGGAGCUUGCAAUCCCAUAAGUGGUGUUUACGAACCUGACCAUAUUCAACGUGCAACUCAAGAUGCUGCCGGAUCAAAUCCACCGGAUGACAUGAUUGGAGGCGAGGUGCAAACUGUUAAACAUCUGUUGGCAUCCCAUUCCCCAACUGAUUCAAAAUCGAUUCGACUACACAAGGUUAACUGUAUUGACGAUACCACAGUGAAAAAGUACUUGACGCCGCAAGAUGCCAAGCCCAAGAUGACUUGCUCGCGUUUGCCGAAGGUAGGUCUGGUCAUGGGAUUUCGCAACUGCAAUAAGAGCGUCACAGCGCCGAAUCGAGUUGAGGACUCGUCUAAAAUUGAUCUAAGAAGCGUUAAGAAAAUUAGUAAUGACAAACACGCAGCACCGCAUUAUGGUCAGCUAGAUCUAUUGACCCAGCAAUUCGAAAUUACCGCUGAAGCUCGUGAGGCUCUAUUAGAUAUAUUCAAUUCAUUUAUCGGAGACCCUUCCUCUGGAGCCAAGCAAAAGAAGAGGCGACGAAAAGUGCGGCCUUCGAUAAGAAACCAGGAAGCAGGUAUGUGGGACAUCGAGAAAUUUAUCGAUUUUAUGCAUGCACUAUGUGGUCUGGCCAAGGACAGCCACUCUGAUCUUAUUCCCAAACAUUGUAUGACCUUUUCUAAAUUCGCUGACCCGGCUACCAAUCGCAAAUUGCUGAGAUCGGAUGGAUUUGUUUCUUUCAUAAGCCAUGAAUGCAAAGAUUUUGUUAAGUUGAAACAGCUCACACAAUUUUUGCUAUCACGGGGCUUUGCAGAGAAUUUGUUGUCUUCGGAUGGCUCGCGUAGCAACAGCCGAAAUGAUUGUGAUUACAAAAGUUCGCCCAAUGGUGGUGAAUGUAUUGGCAAUGAUCUGUUGCAACAGCCUGUCGUACUUCGUGGGUUUCCUGCUGAUCAAAAUAUACUGAAAUGCGUGGAAGAGUUACGCUGCGAGUACCGUGCUAAAGCCUGCCCUGGUACUCCCAGCUUGGACACAGGUCCCACGGCACCAGAUAUCACAGUGCCACCUUGGAAGCUGACGUACAAAUUAUAUUGUGAUUUUCAAGUUGAUUGGGAAGCACCCAUUGUGUCAGAUGCAAAUGAUUCGCUGGGGUUGCACGCUUCGUUGCUUGAGUCUUUUGAAAAAUUAAAAGCCAAACCAUUUCCACAGUUGCUAGAGCAAGGUGUUGUUGCACUAGAUGGCAUGAGUGCAAGUGGCGUUGUGUCUACGAAGCGAUGGCCAAAUCGAAUCACUGCGUCGCAGGCUUAUCGCAAAGUAUGGGACAAAUCUGAAGUACGAGCAUCAGUGGCAGACGCGGUAAGUUUGCUUCGGUGUAUAUUUCAGUAUCGCAGGAAGAAUGUGGCGUUGCUUGAUGAAGCAAUUUGGAUAAAUCCGCGUUUGUGUAACAAAUUGGAGACGCAAAUGCAAGAUAUACUCUCUAUGUGUAGUGGAAUGUAUCCACCCUGGUGCGAUGCAUUGGUCGCCCAUUGCAAAUUCUUCUUUCCGCGCAAGCUACGAGAAAAUCUGUUUCGAUCAACAUCAUUUGGAUGUACUCGAUCCUUGCACUGGUUUCGCAGUCAACUUAAUCUUGGGGAACGCGUAGUCAGUUCCAGUUCUUCGACGAUCGGGAGCAGCGAUUAUAACCAAGGGAUUACAAUUUCUCCUAUUCCAAAAGAACGCGUCAAAGUUCUUCGCACGAAUAUAUUGCAAUCUGCAGAGGCAGUGAUGAAGAUGCAUGCAAAGCGCAAAGCAAUCCUAGAUGUGGUGUUUGAUGGCGAGAAAGGCUAUGGGUCUGGAGUUACGGCGGCAUUUUACUCAUCGACAGCACAUGCCUUACAGGCGGUAAAAGAAAAUUGUAUAAAACGUUACUGGAUUCCUGGUGAGGAUGACGACGCGAGAGCCCAAGCUCGACACACCGAUUCUGCUGAUGGCAUCGAUGACAUUACUCAAGAGACAAUAGUAAUUCGGCACCCUAACGGUUUGUUUCCGUACCCCCACCACAUUCCAGACUCAGAGCUUGUCAAUCGCUUUCGCUUGAUAGGAAGACUGGCAGGAAAAGCACUAAUGGAUGAGCGCUUGCUUCCGUUGCCAUUAUCCCCACAAUUUAUUAAACUUGUGUUGGGCGAAACUGUUGCAUUAGAAGAGCUUGGCGUAAUAUUUUUGAGCCAUGGGCGAAUCUUGUACUCCAUGUACGAGGCUUGUCAGAAAUUGGCUGCUGGAGAAAUAAAUGUUCAAAUUGAUGAGAUGAAUAUUCACGAGUGGUUGGGGGCCGUUGGGUUUACGUUCAUCGACCCGUUUUCACAGGAACCUUUAGUUAUUGGAGGAGACGAUAUUGUCGUGUCGGUUAGUAAUUUGACGGUAUAUGUCCGAGCUGUGCUGGAGUUCUGGCUCGAAUCAGGCAUUCGUGCACAAGUGCUGGCUUUUCGUGAAGGCAUAAGUGAAGUUCUUCCGCUUGAAAAAUUGAAAUUGCUGUUUGUUCCCGAGUUACUAUCACUGUUGUGCGGUGAGCAAGAUAUACAGUGGAAUGCCGAGUCUUUGGCCAAGGAUACGAAACUUGCGCACGGUUUCACGAAGGACAGCCAACCCAUAAAGUGGUUAUUUAAUGUAUUAGAGGCUAUGUCUGCCACCGAACGUCGAGCGUUUCUAUUGUACGCAACGGGAUGCCCAAAUUUGCCGCCUGGAGGCUUUCAGGCACUUAAGCCACCCUUUGAGGUUGUUCGCCGAGUUGUGGACAAUCUUGAUGUGGAUCGUGCUCUGCCGUUUGCACGUACAUGUACAAAUACGUUGCACCUGCCUGCAUAUUCUAGCAAGAAAGUACUUGCACAGCAAAUGAUGUUUGCGAUUGCCAACAGCCGCGGCACAAUUGACCGGGACUGA